UGCAAGAAAAAAGGUAAUUUAGGAGGAGAGAUUCAUAAAAUGAUCACUAACCUUCCAUCACUAAAUUGGACUUAAAAAAGAGAAAACAACAAACAAGAAGCGCAUUAAAACGCUAUCGUUUCGUUGCUUCUUCUUCGUCCUGACAAGAACAAUGGCGGUUUAUCAUCUUCUUCUCUCUAGUCCUCCUUCGCUUCCCCUUCUUCCUCCUUCUCCUCGCCGCCCUAACCUCGCCUUAACCCGCCGUAUCUCAGCUCAUCCUCGUCUCGGAAACUCUGCCAGCUUGCUUUCUCAUUCGUCACCGGUAAUUCGGAAAAUUCUCGUCCGUAGCACUCUCCGGGAAGACCAACCCGUCGCUUCAGACGCCGAGAGUCCCACUCUACUGAUCGGUGAAGAUUCUGCGGCUUUUGAAUUAGGGAAACAGAAGAUUGUUUCGUGGGUUUAUUUCGGUGUUGUCCUUGGAGUUGUUCUCUUCAUCCUCAACGUUGUAUGGAUUGAUAAUUCCACCGGUUUCGGAAAAUCAUACAUCGACGCCGUCUCUAGCUUCUCCGGUUCACCGGAGGUUGCUAUGUUAAUGCUUAUCCUCAUAUUUGCAACUGUACAUAGUGGAUUGGCUAGUCUCAGGGAUAUAGGAGAGAAACUUAUAGGUGAACGAGCAUUUCGUGUUUUGUUUGCUGGAGUCUCUCUUCCUUUAGCUAUGAGCACCAUUGUUUACUUUAUAAACCAUAGAUAUGAUGGGUCACAGUUAUGGCAGCUUCAGGGUGUUCCUGGAAUCCAUGAGGCUAUUUGGUUUGCUAAUUUUGUGUCCUUUUUCUUUCUCUAUCCUUCAACCUUCAAUCUUCUGGAGGUAGCAGCUGUUGACAAACCAAAGAUGCAUCUUUGGGAGACCGGCAUCAUGAGAAUUACUAGACAUCCUCAGAUGGUUGGACAAAUCGUUUGGUGUUUGGCACACACUCUCUGGAUAGGAAACACAGUAGCUGCAUCAGCUUCUCUGGGUUUGAUUGCACACCAUUUGUUUGGGGCAUGGAAUGGAGACAGGAGAUUAGCUAAAAGGUAUGGAGAAGCUUUUGAAAGCAUCAAGAAGAGAACAAGCGUGAUUCCUUUUGCUGCCAUCUUCGAAGGACGCCAAGUUUUACCUGAGGAUUACUACAAAGAGUUUGUUCGGUUGCCGUAUCUUGCAAUCACUGCGUUAACGGUUGGGGCAUAUUUUGCUCACCCCCUGAUGCAAGGUGCAAGCUUUAGGCUUCAUUGGUAGUUUCUUUAAUUCUUUAGUUGCACUGGUCAGAGGAAGAUCAUAAAAACUUCUCAGGGAACAACAAUGUAUAUCUUAUUUUAUGAAAAAGAACAAUGUAUACAAGAAGCUAUCAAAACUAAAGCUGUAGCAAUUUGUAGCCAAAACAGUUGAGUUAAUGAAAAGUUGAAGUAUGCAGCAACA